GUUUGCCCAAGCACUCUGUGGAAGACAAACACAGGGCCCAGGUGUUGGUUUGUUCGAUUAAGUCUGCAAACGAGGCUCUGAUUGGCUGUGAGCUGCAACCCCCGUACAGGUGCAGAUGGCAGCGCAUGCAGCUACAGUGCUGCUGUUACUGAGCCCGUUGAUUUCUCCCGGGCUCUCUGGACUUUCUGCACCCUCAUCGGACGCUGAGCUCGGCAGGAUGGAGCUCCGGCGGGUCCGCAUGCUCGCUGCUCAGCCCCGGUACGGCGAGUGCUGGGCACGAGCCCUGAAGGAGCUGGGAGUGCGGUGCAAGGACAUGACGUCAGAGAGCCAGAGACUCAUGGCACUGCGCUUCACACACUGUCACCUAAGCAGCUCAGGCAGAGAUUUCCCAGCAUGCCCUGAGGGCUCUGAUGUCAGUAGGUGUACAGGUGGAAUGGAUGCAGUGGCCUUCAACACCUUUACAGAGUUCUUCACCCAUACUAAUGCCAUCUGCCACUUCCUGCAGUCUGAAGCUUGGCAGAACCGCGCUGAAGACACCAUGUCCAAGUUAACUGAGACGUCAGCAGGAGUCGCUGAGGAGCUCCACUCAACCAGGCAGAUGGCUAAAGACCUUCUGGAAGCCCAAAGUGCUGCCUUACAGGCACAGGAGGAAAUCCUGUCCAACGGAGAGGAGCUCCGAGGCCUCCUGAGAGACUCCACACAAGGUCUGCAGUCUGUGUUCUUGGACCUCAGCAGAGUAUCCAAGGAGCAGCAGGGGGCGCUGUCUGAGCUCUUCCACAGAGUCUCCUUCUUGCAGAGUUUCCUGCUGAUGGAGGCUCACAGUCUGAGCUCCUGCUGCUACAAUGCUGCUGCUCUCUGCACCUCCUUCCUGAUCACCUCCACACCACGCUCCUCCAGAGCCAGGUUGAUCCUGCUAUGUUUGGUGUGCUUAAAUUUCUACUUGGAAAGGAAGAUAUACCAGUUUGUGGCCACUUCUGACCAUCCUGAGCACCUGCACAUGGAGCUGCUGUCCGUGUACGUGGGUGUGCUGCGGCGGAUCAUGGUGGGUGUUGGGGUUUGUGUUCUGCUGCUGGUGUGCGUACGGUACAGGGACCCCGUGCAGCAGAGCCUGCAGAUCCUGCAGCAGCUCAGAGAGAUGCACAGCAGGCUGCAGGACGCGUUGCACUGCGCAGAGAGGUUUAGAGAGCUGGAGGAGAGGCAUGUUGGACGUCACAAGAAGCAAUCAGAGAAUAGAAAUGAAAAGAAGCUUAGAAAGAAAAAGGAGGAGCAGAGCAGCUGGUCUCAGACUGAAGAUGACCCUGAUCUGUGUCUGCUUUCAUCUGAUGGGGGGUUACCUCAUUCCUCCUCCCCUCUGGUCUACAGCAUCUUGGUGGAGAACAAACAGCCUCGUUACAGCCUGAGGAGCAGGUGCUCAGAGACUCGCUAAACAGGAAAAAUGUUCAUUUUUUCUGCAUGAAAUGUGGUUUUUAGUUCAGAUUUGAAUGUUAAUAAAAAGUUUUUAAGUAACAGG